AGGCCCGGCCCGCCCCGUGAGGCGCAGGUAGGGCAGCGCCCGGCCGGUCCCGCCGCGCUCUGCCCGCGCUCCGAGUCUCGGCGCCCGGCGCUGGCCGAUGGAUCCCGGGGCGGCGGGGGACGAGCUGUCCCGCUUGCGCGCUCUCUUCCUGGCGUGCGACGCCAGCGGCUCGGGCCGCAUCGAGCGGGAGGACUUCGCUGCCCUCUGCGCCGAGCUGCGGGUGCGGCCGGCCGAGGCCGAGGCCAUCUUCCAGCGCCUCGACAGCGACCGCGACGGGGCCAUCACCUUCCCGGAGUUCGCCCGCGGCUUCCGCGGCGCCACGCGGCCGCAGCCCGGCGGCAGCGAGCCGGGGGGCGAGCACAUGGAGGAGGAGGAGGCGUCAGCGGCUUGGGUCGCCGCGGGGCUGGAUCAGCCCUGGAAGGACUUCGAGGUGCGGCUCGGGGACGAGGCGAGGUACAUCCCCAGACAAGAGCAGGUCAGUGUUUUGUAUCAGAACAUACACAUAGCAGAACCAAGAUUAAUCCAGCCGUAUGAGCAUGUCAUUAAGAACUUCAUCCAAGAGAUCAAACUUCAAAGCACAGAGAUGGAAACUCUGGCCAUAGCGGUAAAAAGAGCUCAGGACAAAGCAGCUGUUCAACUCAGUGAGUUGGAGGAAGAGAUGGAACUACGGAUACAGGCUGCAGAGCAUAAAGUUAAAAAGGAAGAGAAGCAAAAAGCUGAAGAAGCACUAAAUGAGCUGAAGCGCCAAUAUGACACUGAAGUUGGGGAUCUUCAGGUGACAAUAAAAAAGCUUAAAAAGCUGGAGGAGCAAUCCAAAUAUGUCAAUCACAGGGAAGAUGUAGCUGAACUGAAAAAAAGAAUACAUGAUAUGUUGCUGGAAAAUCAGAGACUUAAGAAAGAUCUUUUAGAAGCACAGACAAAUAUAGCUUUUCUACAGAGUGAAUUAGAUACCCUGAAAAGCGAGUAUGCAGAUCAGUCUUUGACCACUGAGAGGGAUCUAGAAAUCAUCCGAGAGUAUACUGAAGACAGAGAUAAUCUGGAAAGACAAAUUGAAAUACUUCAAUCAGCUAAUAGAAAAUUACAUGACAGCAACGAUGGUUUAAGAAGUGCACUUGAAAACAGUUUCAGCAAGUACAACAGAUCACUGCGGUUAGCAAAUACCUCACCAGGAAGUACCAUUUCUAGAAGCAGUCUUAAAUUUAAUGGUGAACAUUCUCCUUUAAACCCACGGUAUGACAGGUCAUCUCAUUCGUCUUGCGUUGGUGAAGAUUAUGAUUCUUUAGCCCUUUGUGAUCCAAUGCAAAGGAUAAACUGUGAAGUUGACAGCUUACCUGAGAGCUGUUUUGAUAGUGGUUUGUCUACCCUGAGAGAUUCAAAUGAGUAUGAUUCAGAAGUGGAAUAUAGGCAUCAAAGGAUUUUUCAAAGGGCACAGUACAUGCAAGAAGGCUUUGGUGGUGAUGCUUCUGAUACAGAUGUUCCAGAGAUCAGGGAUGAGGAGACAUACAGUCCUGCUAGCAGCAGUGCAGUUUUAGACUGGAAGCCCUCACAACCCGUUAGUCGAAGCAGCUCGGUUGCUUCAACGAGGAAACACAUAUCUGCUCUCACCCCUCAGUCAGAUGCAGCUGAAUGCACUCCAAAAUACCCCAGUUCAGAGAAAGCUUACAAGAUUGUUCUUGCUGGAGAUGCAGCAGUGGGAAAAUCCAGUUUUCUUAUGAGACUUUGCAAGAAUGAAUUUCAAGGCAAUACCAGUGCAACUCUGGGUGUAGAUUUUCAAAUGAAAAGACUAAUUGUUGAUGGAGAACCUACAGUGCUACAGCUGUGGGACACAGCUGGGCAGGAGAGAUUUAGAAGUAUUGCUAAAUCAUACUUCAGAAGAGCAGAUGGUGUCUUACUGCUGUACGAUGUAACAUGUGAAAAAAGCUUUAUUAAUGUGAGAGAAUGGGUGGAUAUGAUAGAGGAUGCGACUCAUGAGAAUAUUCCAAUUAUGGUGGUGGGAAACAAGGCAGAUCUCCGUCAAGAUGUUACAGAACAAGGGCAAAAGUGUGUGUCUAUAAACUAUGGAGAAAAGCUGGCUAUGACUUACAAUGCACUAUUCUGUGAAACAAGUGCUAAAGAUGGGUCCAAUAUUGUGGAAGCAGUUCUUCAUCUUGCUCGUGAGGUGCGAAAACGGAGUGAUAAUCAAGAUGAUACAAGAUCAAUAACCAGCCUGGCUGGGACACCUGUCAAAAAGUCGGCACUCAUGAAAAACUGUUGCAAUGUUUAAAUGACUGAUAAUUUUCCUUAACUAAAUAACUUGUAUAUUUAAAAAAAACCAAGCCAAUAACCAAAUGAAAUAUUUGUUGUGUUUUCUUUUUAUUAUGGGUUUAUAUAUUUGUAUAUUUAGAAGCUACACAUAAUGUUCAAAAUCCAGACUCUAUUUUCUAUUCAUUCAAAUUGUGAAAUUGCUUGAUCCCAUACUCUGGUUUCACCUUUCUUAAGGAGUAUAAUUCAGUGCAAUGAGCUCAGAAUCAAUGCUACAGUAGUCACUGCGUACAAUAUUGUGUCUACCUGCAUGUUUCUUUAUGGCAUCAGUAUUUCCUAUAUACAGAACUUAAUAAUAUCCAAUAUCAGUCACAGGUAAAGAAAAAAUUACAGCUUCAGUUAAUUUAAUCUCUUUAUGAUCAUGUCUACCUGUCUAGUUUUUGACAGCCUUAAGUAUAUGUUGGCUAAACAUUUCUUAGGAAAACUCCGAGCUAUUAAGGGUUGCCUAGGUCCAAGUAAUCCCUAAGUGUAGGGGAACCAGAAUGGUCUUUGCUGGGAGAAGACAGUGGCAGGUGCAUGUUGUUCUGUUGUAGUUCCUCAGAAGUUGGGUAGUUAGAGUGUAUUUCAUUUUGAGCAUUGGGGUUUGACUAAGAACUGAGAUGUAUAUUUUACAUCUUAUCCUACACAGCUCAGAGGUGUAAGAAACUGUUCAUUUAUCUGGACGACUACAGUUCAGAAUUCCAGAGAGAACUUAACACCUGUAAUAUGUAGGAUUGCUGAAAUGAGUAAUGAUCCAAUAUCUAUCUGUUUAGGUUAGAUCAUUUUUGUUACUACAGAGCAAUAGGAGUUGUAAUUUUUCUCUUGUUUCUUCCAGUAUCUUCUAUUCAGUCAGUAAUUGAAGGAUUAUAAUAGUACGUAGGAGUCUGAUUUAAUAGAUACUUUUUAAUGCAUUUUUAUAAGUUUUAAAUCAACAGGUGAAAGAAUUGCUGCACAUGCACAAGCAUUUGUAUAAAUUUUUCAUUAGAAGAGAACCCUGGAAUGAACAGCAAUCACCUUAAUGAGAGUACUGUUACCUGAUUUUAGACAAGUUCUGAGAAACUUAGUUGUAGCUUUACGUGUCAGAAUCUCUAAACAUUGAAUUAUUAUAGCUUAAAAUAGUUCCCAAGAGUUCCACAGUGUAGUAAAAAAAUUAUGAGCAUUUACACAGUUAGUGGUCAAAAUCCAGUUCUUCUUAACUUUUUCACUGAUUUCGAUCAAAAUAGGAUAGGACGUUUUUAGAGCCAGCAAACUGUUGUCUCCUCUGUUUCCUUUAAUAAAACAUCUCCAGGCUGAGGCCUAGUUCAGUAAAUCAAACUUGGAUUAAGUUUUAUCAACUGAUGGAAAACCCAUAUGACAGCAGUUAUAUAACUAAUUCAUAAUUUGCAGAAAAUAAAAAAUGGUUUCAGCGAGGAAAAGUAUUGUCUUUAGGCAUCCUUUCAAGCCUGUAAUCAGAGCAGCUAAUCCUUGGGUAAUUAUCAGCAAAUUUUUUUAACAAGAGAGAUCUAAUGCCAGAAUGAAUAAGGCAUUUUAUUUCACUAAAUAACAGUUCAGAGUUAGGGUUAGAUUAGAACACAAAACAUAUUUGAUAAGGGUUUUUUGAAGUACUUGGAGAAUCUUCACAUGCUACCUAAUUCCAUGCUGGAGACUUCAGAUUUUCAUCUUCCCAUACAGCAGUACAGGCCUCACUGUAGUUAGGAGACUUAUUUGAAGCAGGUGGCAGAGGAUGCAGGACACUCAGGUGUAUCACGAAUAUGCCUAAUCACAGACAUAAUGUUUGCUGUUAACUCUAUAUUAUUUACAAAAUAUAAAUACAGCUUCAGUUAGCUUCUUUGAGGAGAAAAGUAAAAUUUAACUGACUGCAUUGAUGAGGGCCACUUCUGUGUUCUUUGUGUGAACCCUUCCCUCUGUCCAUAUGAAUGAAAUGGAAGUAAAAUUAAUUUGGGAUGUGUUUGCAAUAGGGAGAAGAGAGGAAGAUGACACAGUGCUUGAUUUGUGAAGUGUGAGCCUUCAACAUAUAGGUAUUUGCAUUUCCUCAGGAUAGGAUCAUGAUUAUAGGCUGUGAUUAUGUUCCAAAAUGUUUCUCCUUCAGUGUUUUUAACUUGGAGAACCUGGACUGGGCAUCAGUAUUCUAAGUGUAUGUCCUGAGCUGCUGUGUUUGAGCAGCUCUGUGGUCUUGGCCUGCAGUAAAUGACGUGCAAUGUUUGCCUAAACAUCAUUGACACACCUGCAUGAUCAAAGUGUUUUGGCUGGAUACAGAGAAUCACAUAAAAUGAUUUAUAGGAAGGAUUUCUGGAAAUGGUUUUGUAAAACCUUCCAAGGACCCUAGCAGAGAUGGACUUUUGCCAGCCCUAGAUUUGUAGGUUUGGGUAACCAGCCUGUGAAAAUGCCCCAAGACAGAGGUACUGCCACCAAUCUGGGCAACAUAUUCUCAUACUUGUCCUCCUUUUGUGGAUAAACAUUUCUCUUCAUGUCCAUCCCCAAAUGGCUACAAAUUUAUAACAGUUUUUCCCCAUUGUCUCCUCUCCUGCUAUGAACAAGAAUUUGACUACAAUCUUGGUGACUUCCCUUUCAGUAUCUGUAGAUUGACGCGAUUACACUGUGUAUUUUUCCUAAUUACUUGAGAUCAGACAAAGUAUCGCAUCAUGGAUGGAGGAGGAUACAAAGAGACUCUUUCAGUCUCAGUUUAUUCCAGGGCCGUGGUAUGGCCGGAAAGAGGCCGAGUCUCUCCCCGCACCAGGUAUUCAGGAGAAGGGAAUGGGAGUGGCUUUUGGCUGGCUGCCAAUGGGAUGAGGACACAGAGGGACCAGGAUCAGCAUACCGACCCCCGGUGGGUACAAGGACACAGGGGAAGGUCACAGGACCGGAAAGGAAGACAUGAACUGGGGUUUGCAGGAAGGAGGUUACAGGAUAUCCUGAUUUCAGUUCUUAUACCUCAUAUACCGAAUUACAACAGUAGAUCUCCCUUGACCUUCUCUCCACCAGUGUAACAAUAUCAGGAGCAUCUCUUGCAAAGUAUCUCUGGGUUCCGCAUCCCAAAAUUAGUGGCACGUGUGCAUGUGUAGUAAUUGCUUUCAUAUAUAAUAUUUUUUAUCAUACAGAGGUUGCCAUGUGAAUUUCUGUGUUUGUAGAGAGACUGGUUGAAGGAUGUGAGUUCAGGGACCUGCCUUCAAACCAGAUUUUCCCUCUCAUAGCAGCCCACUGAUGUUUUGGGUACUUUUGUUUUUGAUUUAUUUUAAUAACCAAAAUCUAUCUUAUGUUAUUCAGACAGUUUAUGUAGCCUAAAUUAAUUUAUAAAGUUCUGUAGUUUUUUUGUGUCAUGUAAAGCAACUUUAAUUUGAAACAGUGUUGUUUUCUAAAUAAGACUCAGGGUAGAAUGUUGUUAGCUGUUAACAAAGUUUUACCUUGGAGUAAAUUUAUGAUCAAUAUCUAGAUGACUGAAAAAGCACUAUUAAAUGGGGAUAUAGCUAUAGCUCAGUUAGAACUCAUUUUAGAAAUCCUGUGAUGGUCAGAUCCAUCAUGUCUUGAACACUAAUAUAAUACCAUGUUGAAUUCAUGUUAAAGCAAAAUAACUUAGAAAAAUAUUUAAAUCUAGAAAUUAAAGCAUGUAUUUAUACAUAGAAAUAAUGAAUACAUAAAUUUUUCUGUUGUUUUGCUUUAAAAGGUUACCUUGUCUUCAGCCUAAAAGGUAAAAUGCAAAAAUCAGCUUUAUGCUCUGACAUGGUUGCACUAUUGUCCUUUGAAUGUUUUUAUGGUUUUUUUCAGUACAUAAGAACUAUUCAUUUAAUCGCACAAAUUUUUUUUUUUUUUUAGUUAGUACAAAUAUUCCCUUAAUACAUGUAUUUAUUUGAAAAGGAAAGGUCUUUUAUGUUUUUCCUCAUGAUCUGUAAAUACAUUAUUUUUAUUCAGUUGACAUGGAAACUGUUUUAUCCUGUAUUUUUGACCCUUUUUAAUUGUAAUUUAUUACACAUUUCUGAGGCAAUAAUUUCUGUGACAUUCUUCAAAUAUGUUUUGAUCAUGCAAAUUCUUGUAACCACUUUGUGCCUGUUUAGCAUAUAUUAGUGGCUUAAUAAGACAACCUUCUGCCUGUAAGUUCUGUUAUAGUCUUAUAUGGUUUAAGUAUUUUAGUAUUUAGUCGGUCUAACUUCAUUUGUAUAUUCAUGAGAAAAUCCUCUGUUUGAAAAAAAAUUACAGUUAUAAAUCUUACACGAUGCUAAAACGUAGAUUAAGGAAAAUAUCUAUAGGCCACCCUUCAUGGAACAUCAUUUAGCUGUGCAUACAUGCAGGUCUCCAAAUAAAUGGAUAGGUUCUGUGCUACUGCAGGCAAUCCACAUAUACAUCCUUUUAAAGUGGUUUUCUAUUUUUUCCACUCUCCGCUGCCAUACAGCAAUGCUAGGGGUAGCAUUUUAGGUAAAAGUACUGCAGUCAAGGAUCCCCAGUUCAUGAACCAAAUGGAACCAUAUAUUAAUGUAGUCAUGGUACUUCAUUAUAUUAUAAAGAAACAGAUUUUCAAGAUGUUUCUGACUGUGUUAGAAAAUUAUGAAAAUGGACCAAUAUCUCGUGUACACUUCCAAUGGCCUUUACCACUACCUCUGCCAGACUUGAUAGAGCAUGUAAAUCUCUCUAACCCUGUCUGGGCUACUAUAGAUUAGAGAAACUUUUUAGAGUACCAGUUAUUUUGUUACUUACUCUUCCACUGUAUUACUAUGAGUCCCAAUUCUUUCUCAUUGGUAUCCUUAGGACUAGUAAUACCAAUAUUCGUCAUUAUUAUUUUUUUAAUUAUCUCUUAUUUUGAGAAAACUUCCUGUAAAAGAAAAUCUGACUCAGUAUGUAAAAUGUUACUGAGUUUAUACAAAGAAGUCCUUUCCCUACAAUUCUGUUCCCUGAAUUAUGGCUUCAGGUAGCUGGGCUAAUAGGAAAUUAGUCAUUAGGUGGCUAAGUAACAAAUAAAACCAAGCUGUGGAGGUUUCCCACUGAAUAUAAAAGGAAGUAUGUAAAAUGUAAGUGUAUUUUCAUACCAGUAUGAGGAAUAAAUUGCACCCAUUGCAUGGUCAUCUUUCAAUAAAAAUCUGUAUAUUCUGUAAUUAGGGUUCUAAAUUGUGAAAAGUUUUUUUAAAUUUUAUACUGUUUACAAGUAAAACUGGUUUUAGUGCAUCUUGUUCCUCCUUAAAACAACUAAUCACUUCACUUACUGUAAGUUUGUAUGCUUAAAACUGACAUCUUUCCUGUAUUACAAAUUACUGUAUAAUAAAAUACACUUCAAUAGCCA